UUAUUUCACCAGCCAGCUUUUCUUCUAAUUGCUCUUUUCUUGGCCAUCUUUGGCUACGGCUACUGGAACCAGAGGAGCCAGAUUCACAAAAGUGAGCUAACCAGGGCAAACAUGGCUGAGACAGAACGUUAUAGACUGAAAGACAAACCUUCAUCAAAACUAAUAUAUCCUCAGCCAAGCCUGCUCCAACCCGCUAGGAGAGACGUCCUCGUUCUGUCCAGUUGGCUUGCCCCAGUUGUGUGGGAAGGGACUUUCAACAUCGACAUCUUAAACAACCAGUUCAGACUGCAGAACGCCACCAUCGGACUGACGGCGUUUGCCUUAAGGAGACACACGAUUUAUCUGAAGCAGUUCCUGACGUCCGCCGAGAAGCACUUCAUGGUGGGCCACAGGGUGAAUUACUACAUCUUCACGGACCAUCCUCCCUCCGUCCCUCACAUCCCCCUGCACAAAGGGAGGAAGCUGACCGUCUUCCAGAUCCCAGGUCAUGACCUCUGGCACGACGUCUCCAUGCAGCGAAUGGAGUUCCUCAGCGUUUAUUCCAACCAGCGCUUCCACAAGGAGGUGUCCUAUCUGGUGUGUGCCGACGUGGACAUCAGCUUCCAGCAUGACGUGGGCGUGGAGAUUCUCUCUUCCUUGUUCGCCACCCUCCACCUGAGCUUCUACAUGGUCAACCGGGAGCUGUUCCACUACGAGCGGCGGCCCUCGUCCCAGGCCUACAUUCCGGAGGACGAGGGGGACUUUUAUUACACGGGGUCCUUAUUUGGGGGGUCGGUGGCGGAGGUCUACAGGCUCGUGGAAGCCUGUCACCAGAUGAUAAUAAAAGACAAAGCCAGUGACAUCGAGGCCGUGUGCUAUGACGAGAGUUACCUGAACAAGUACCUGCUUUACCACAAACCCACCAAGAUCCUGUCUUCGGAAUACAUGUUCAGUGAAAAGAUAGCUUUGGAGAGGUGGUCCAAGAGUCAGCUGAAUCUGUUCAGCCUCAUCAAGCCCGUUAAGAUUUUGGACUUGGCGAAGAAUUACACGCUUACACGCGGUGACUUCACUGAAUAAAGGCAUCUUCAGAAACUACUCAGAGAGAGACAGAGACAGAGCGGGAGAGAGAAUGGUGGGCACCGAGCCCUCGUCAUAGUA